CUCAGAGCGUGUGUGUGAGUGUUAGUGAGAGAAAGCAUAGCACAGAGGGGAGAGCGUAUGUAGCGUGAAGGAAGAGGAGCGGUGCCGGGAGAGUCAAUGCAUGUCGCCAGAUUGAAGGAGAGACGCGGGAUGGUAGAGGACAGGAGCGACAAGGAGUCGGAUAAGAGGAGGCGAGGACCCUGAGGGGCAGGAAGGGAGCAGGGGAAAGAGGGGAGAGGAGGAGAGGCAGGUUUUUUGGUCUCAGUCAAAUCGAGAGGCAGGCAGGCAGGCAGGCAGGCAGGCAGGCAGGGAGCAGUGUCGAGCCAGUCAGUGGUGCAUUGUGGAUGUAAAACUUUAUCGUCUGCGGGAAUCGGUGGGUAGCAGCUGCAGAGCAGGAGGCAAGCGUGCCGGUGGAUUACCAUGUGUGUCCUCUGAGCGCACCAGGAUGCUGCAUCUCCACCGGGGGAAAAGCUGGCCGUGGCUCGCCUGCAGAGGGAAGUCGCACGGAGCAAGAGCGAAGGAACAAUGCGAGAAAAGCUGAUCCACGAGCUAGAGGAAGAGCGACGCCUGCGACUGGAGAGCGAGAAGCGUCUCCGGGAAGUGACAGAGGAGUCCGAGCUGGGCCGGGCGCAGAUGGUCUCGCUGCAGCAACAAUUCUCCAGGAUGGAAGAGACGGUGCGGACGCUGCUGCAGAAUCAGGGCGUCCUGGAGCAGACUGCGGUGGACACGGUGGACAUCAUGAAGGCCUACAAGGAUAAACUCUCGGAGGAAGUGCAGAAACAGCACGGCGGCCCCGACGAGAACGGCUGCCUGCCGGCCAAUCGAGCGGAGCCGGAACCCGGGCCUCUGCCAACCGCCGAUCCCGAUGCCAGCCAAGCGGAAGAGGAAAAGGACAAAACCGAGCUCCUCCUGGAGCGGCUCAAGGCCCUGGAGGAGGAGAAUUCCGCGUUGGCCUCGGAGAACGAAAGCCAGCGGGGGCAGUAUGAACGCUGUCUGGAUGAGGUGGCCAAUCAAGUUGUGCAGGCGCUUCUCACCCAGAAGGAUCUGAGAGAGGAGUGCCUGAAGCUGCGAACCCGAGUGUUUGACCUGGAGCAGCAGAAUCGGGCGCUGGGUGCUCUGUUCCAGCAGAGGAUCAAGCCCGCCUCAGACCUGCUUCUCCAGAAACUCCACUCCCGGAUCAUGGAUCUGUCUGCAGCAGAUUUACUUCUUGAGCCAGAGAGAAGCAAGGCCUUCUUGCUUUCCAGGAAUACAGAUUCUCCCUCUAAUGAGGUUCAGUGGAAUGGAAAGGCAGGUCUACCCGUGGCUAAGUGUCUGAGCCAGCUGAGCCUGACAGUGCCAGCGCAUGUGUACCCACGCAGCAGCUGUAGCAGCAGUGAGUUGUCCCUGUCAAGUGCAUGCAGUGAAUUCUCCAGCGGCUCAUACACUUGGAAUGAUGGACGCUCCUGUGGAAAAAUGUCGUCCCUGACCUGGGAGAAGAGGCUGAGUUUGGGUUCAUCAGCCCCCAGUAAUAUCUGUGCCCCACCGGAGGAGCAGCCUCCUACAAGGCUCAAGGAGAGCCACAUAUUAGAGGGACUGCGGAAGCUUCAGAGGAGGAAACACAGGAGCUCCUCUGGUUCCUUGAAGGUCUCCAAGUCAGGCGACAAAGACUGUAUGAACUCAAAUGAGGGCAUCUACUCCCUGGGUAUCAAGAGUACCAGCAAAGGGGUAUCCAAGCCUACUCAUGUGGGUAGAAUUUCUGCUGCCGGGGCCAAGAAGUUCUCUUAUGACUCUGAUGAUGCAGAUGAUGAGCUUGCACAUUCCAGUCGCGGAGAUAACAUCCCCACCAAGGACAGCUGGUUAUACUGUAAGAGGCGAUCCCACAGCAUCUCGGAGAGUUUAUGUAGCUGGGAGGGGAUACAGGACAAUGGAGGUGAUACUAGCUCAGGUCCCAUGGCCACGAAACAGCCCUCUGACUAUGACUCAAAAGAGCAUCCUGAGAAACUUCUGAGUUUCAUCAACAGUUUUCUCCCCGCGGGGGGGCGGAAAUCAGCUUUUAGUAAACCAACCAAGCUGCACUUCAACCCUUCUGAUCCAGUGGGUCCCAACCACAUCUCUGAUGUGGAUGAUCCAGAGGAACUCAACUCUGAGUCUAGUAAAAUCCAAAUGUCCUUUAGCCGGCCACCAGAGCAAGCAGAGAGGGACUCCAAGAGGCUGUCAAGGGAUGCUGCUAAGCUGCUUGUACAGCAGUGCUUGAGAAGAGAGCAGGGACGUACCCAGUCAGCAGAUGGGAGGUCCCGGCCUUUCAGCCUCAUCAAGGAGCCCAAAGGGGCAAGAUGCGGUCAGUCUGAAGAGAGUAUUUCAUCAAUAUUUGAUGCAGAAGGAGAGCCCAUUGAACUUUGUACUGAGAAACUUGCAUCGGCUGCUGGGUCUCGAAAGGACAUUCAAGGUAGUAAAGCAAUUACUGAUUACACAGAGCUAGUGCCACGAGAGAGACCAUCAAGGCAAACACCAGCAAAUACUAGAAACUACACUGUUCUUGAAUCUCCAGAAAAGCCAUCUGAGUGUCAGAUGAGGACUAGAAAAAAAAGCAAUAGCAGAGAGGGCAGUGAAGAGAGGCUAUCGAUGCAGCUGACUGCACAAAGGAAGUUAAUCAAACCACCAAACAGCCGAGCAAAUAAAGGCCAUUCAAUUCCUCCCAUGACUAAUAUUACAAGUCCUAAGAGCAGCGGUUCAAAGAUACCCGGUUGUAACAAACCUUCAACAUCCCCACUGCGAUUGUCUAAGGGCUCCGCCAUUGAACAAAGUAACAGUGGGAACUCAGGACCCUCUGGUCAGGAGAAAUCCCCCUCCUCCCCUACAGUUAAAAUGUCCAGGUUCAUCAAGACACCAGGAAACUGCGUAAAGAGCCCAAAGGCGGUAAAUGCCAAACUCCCCAGCAGGGCUGAAUGGAGUAAGGCCACCUCAUCCAGUUCCCCACACCUCUCAAGGAGACACCUGGAGUAUGCUGAUAGUGGCGAACAGCCAACCAGAGACAAACACUGUGAAACCAGCAAAAAUAAACUCAGGUCCCCUUCUCCUCCCCCUCCCCCAGGUCGCUCCACCUCCUUACUGAUCAGACCAAACUAUGAAGGGUCACCUCAAGCACAUAAAACAGGGGUAGCUCAACAAUCCACACCAACCACUGUGAGGGGCCCUCCCCCAAGUUACCACACCUCACUAGUACCAAAUAUGCAAAGUACACUUCCCAUCAAGGAUAAAGACUGUUUAGACUUGGAUGCAGGCUACGGAACUGCACACUCACCUCAGAAACUGGUUGACAAAACCAGUCAGCACCUUCAGAAGUCCCCCGCCAUGAUUCACACAUCUACUAAAGGCACUUCCAAGCGAAUAACCACGAAAGACUACCUCCCUUCUGCAAACUCAGGGUGUGCUCUAGAACCUGACAAUGCACCUAAAAGCUCAAAGAAUGUCCCUCCUCCCUACAGUGCCCUCAGAGGGUCCUCACUUCAGAACUCAUUUGCAAGUAAUAGAGGAUCGGCCCAUGAAAAUGUCCAUCAUUCAGUGCAAAAGACAUCUAUUAGUUUACCUAUAGCACUUCAGGACACUCCUCAAUGCAAAACAGAGCCACAAAAUAGUCAAGUCGUAGUAAGCCCACCCACCUCAAUUAUGAUGUCCCCCAACUCAGUGGAAAAAGCCUUAAAGACUCGCAUCCCAAUGGGGUUCAAAGCAUUUUUAAAAUCUCCCCCCAGCCAUAAAAAUAGUCCCUCUAUACCAGGAAAACAAGAGAAAGAUCAUAUCAACUCAGUCUCCAAGGAGACUGUGACUUCCAAUGCUUCUACACAAUGUGACAGCUUGCAGCCAGUGCACAAUAUUGAUUCACCAUCCAAGAUGCCCAUUACAGAAGGGAAAGGUGAGGUCCAGUUUAGGUUACUGGAAGCGGAAGUACACACUGCUGUGUUACCAGAGGAGGGGGACGUUUGCGAUAAGGGGAAAAGGAGUAGUCAACUUUUCUCUAGAUCCAUAUCGGUUUCUACCAAACCUCAUUUAAAGCCAGCCUUGGGGAUGAAUGGAGCCAAAGCCCGUAGCCAGAGUUUCAGCACCAACUACAUUGAGAAACCCAACAUCAAUGCUCUAGAUGGACCUGGUAAAAUCAGAACACAGAUCAUCACCAACUCAGGUGAAAGGGGGAACUCUCUGUCAAGACAGAGCUCCUUGGAGGUACCCAGUGUUGGGUUAGCUGAGAGUCCUGUCCAUGCUCCCAGAACAAGGCUUAGCCAUUACGGUGGCAUGCUGGGGUCAAAUAGUCAUAACAUUCUUCCUGAGAGAAAUUCAAACUCAGGCCUCAAAGGUGAGGGAUCGCAGGGCUUAGGAAAAGUGGAGACAAUCACCUCACCUACUCAAAAAGAGGUGCGUAGCUUACCCACCAGCGAUAAGACUGGUUUGAACAACAUCCGCAAGCCAGCAAAAGUUGCCUCUCAUCCACAGUUCCAGCCUGCGUCCUCUUGUGUCUACAGCUUGGAAAGCCCAAUGCGAGAGACAGGAGUCAUAGCAACCACCAGUAAUGAGCAAGACUUCAGCAGGGAAGUCAAAACCCAGACCGACUCGCCAAACAAACUCCCAGAUGUGGAGGAUAAAAGAAUCAGCUCCACCGUCUGCACUAUCGAAGAGAAAGUCAUGAUGGGAAUCGAACAGAACCUGCAGAAAUGUCAAGAACAGGAGAAGGUUGCUGCCAGUGAGGCCAAACAGAAGACAGGCCCCUCUCUGGCAAACUGGUUUGGCCUCCGCAAGAGCAAACUCCCGGCCCUGAGUGGUAAGAAAACAGACUCCCCCAAGGGGAAAGAAGAGAAGAAAGAGCUGAAGAUUGGAUCUGUGCUUGGAGGCAAACAGAUGAAGUCUGACAAGAAGAAGGACAAGAAGAAAAAUGAGAACCAGCAGAGAGACAGUCAGGAGGUUCAGACGCUGUCUGAGGUGAACAACAAGCUGAGCUCCAUCAUGGACCACUGCAACAAUCAGAUGGGUCAGAUCGCCAGUCAGAUCCAGUGUACGACAGCGUUCAUCGGCAAGGACCAGUUUGUGAAAGAGCUUCUCGGCAGGACUGCUGUGAAGGGCAACUCGGGGGCUGGGUCGCCGCCUGGGAUGUCCACACCCAAGAAGCACAGCGAAAUGAAGGGUGAUAUGGAGAUCUGUUCCGAUACUGCUACCAUCAUAAUGACUCAGAGGAUCAACCUGAGGGCUGAAAAUGAGGAGGCACACAUCCCGGACACAGCCUGUCAAGAUCACAUGAUAGGCUCCGGCUGUCAGAUGAGAACCCUGGACAGCGGGAUCGGCACCUUCCCCCUCCCCGAUUCCGUCACCCGGGCCAGCGGUCGCCACAUCCCGAGAUCCGAGUCCAGCCCCGAUGGGGUGACCGCCAGCUGCUCCGAGCUCGACCCGGCGCCUCUCUCAUCUCACCCAGACCCCUCGCACCCCGACGUGAAAGUGCCUUCCCUCCCAAAAACCCGCGUGCAUGCCCCCACUAGCCUGGGUCACUCCCUGUCCGACCCCACUGUGACCUGCGGCAGCGACACCCAGGACACCCACAGCCGUCUGCCCAAAUUAGCAACUUCAGACGCCGUCAGGACAAAGAGGUUGAGUCUCUGUGCUCCACGGAGCGACUUCUCCACGCAGGACAAGGAGAGAGAAACAGAGAGGAAGAUGAACACCAAGGACUAUGAUGCUCCUGGUGAAAGAGCCCUGCUAGUGUGCACGUACUCGGGCAGCAGCAGCAGCAGCAGCGACACCGAGACUGAACUCGGGGGAACCGGAGGCACUUUGGGCUCGCCGCGACGGACGCUGAUCAGCAGGACCAAGAGGAGCGACUCUGGUCCAGUCGACCAGAACGAGGAGACGCUGAAGAGGAGGAGCGCGGGGAAACCCCUGUCGAUCAUGGACAUCUACCAGCAUGACGUGUACUCACAUCUGGAGCUGGACGGCCGGAGGAUUUCCCAGUACAACCUGUUGCACAAAGAGGUUUCCCUCGACGGCAAAGCGGGAGACAGGCUCAGUAAGGAGAUUCCCCUGGAGAAACCGCCGGCCAGCGCAAACCAGCCCCUCGGCUCCCUCGACUUCUCCCUCGAGUCCCUGAACGAGCUGAACCACAGCAGCUCCAGCAACUGCGGCCUCUAUCUUGACGCGGGCCCGGGCGGCCGCAGGGGCUCGGCACCGAGCGCCGAGGACCGCUGCAAGGUGGACAAGCCCCCCUCCUCCUCCGGCUUCUCCGGCAGGCCCGGGGCGGAUCCGGCGGGCUCCCUGAGCGACUCGCUGUACGACAGCUUCUCCUCCUGCACCAGCCAGGGAUCCAAUGACGUGUGAGGGGGCAAAGAGUCCAGGGGGCCAGUGCUCCGGUUGAAGGAGUCCAGUCCAGGCCUCGAGUCUGGUUUCGCGGGCCUCUGAGAGCUCUCCUCUUUCUUUUUUGAAAUUCCAUGAAUUGAUUGGCGGGAUGCUGAAGGGCACACGAGGCCUGCGGAGUGGAUUUUCGGAGCAGUCUGGUCUUGAAAGCGUCUCUGACUGGACCUGGGUAUUGUUGACCUCAGCCUUGCCCCCAACAACAAGGAGCCCUGUCCUCUCUACACACAACACGAAGCACUUAGCGGGGGUCGCGAGGACCACGCCUCAACCCAAACAGCCAAACCAGGAUUUUUUGAUAGUUUGACUCUGGGUGUACGGUGGACUGGACAGCAAUACAUAACAUUGUCUCAUUGCAAAUGUGUAGUUACCCCUUUUUAUUCCCCCCAUGCUGGGGACCUUCUUAUCAUUGCACUGUAACAAAUACUGUACAAAGUUUGUAAGGAGUGUAAAGUGAAAUUUAUUUGCGAGCAGCGAUGAAGCAGGACGUCUCUCGGAGGCAACGUCGGCGUACACUUGCAACAAAAGAAUGUUGCUUCGAUUGCAUUCCUGUUAGCUGAAUUCAAAAAGCCAAGGGGUCAUUUUAUUGUUUUGCUGCUAAGGACAUUGCCCAUUGACCUGGUUCAUUUCUCUUUUUAUGAAGCAAUAUUUUUUUCUAUAAACUCAAUUUCUGUUCAUUUUAAAUCAUUUUAAAGGUAAAUCCUGUUGCCAAUCGUGUCUCUGUGUGUGUGAUCUUUUGAGCAGUUAUGCAGCCGAUGGUGGCGUACAACACAAAAAACACAGCAACAAAUGUUUAUUCAAAUGGCCUUUCAGGUAACACAACUCUUUUUUUUUUAACAGUAGAUAAUCUCACGAUGUCAAUGGAAGCGGCGCAUAUUGUGUUUCCACGCGGCACACUGACUAAUGUAUUGGUGUUUCGGUGACGCAGGUACAACGGACGACCAACGCUUUUGGCUUGAACGCACCCCAGUGUCGUUGUUGGUAGCUCAGGGAACAAACUGGACUCAUGUAGAUUGUAAGACUUACAACGCAAACUUCAGGAAGACGUUGGCAAACACAAAUACACACUUUUCCUUUUGUUUGAGUUCCUGACACAAAACUCCAUAAUCCGCACGGUCUAGUUCAUACUCUCACAUAGCGCGGCAAACCGAAAACUCUCCAAACCUCAGUUCUCCGUUCAUAGUUGUAUAUUAUGUUCUUUAUGUAUAUAUUAUAAAAAAUGGCUAUAAGUUAAUAUCAGAAUGGGCAUUGCUGAUUGAUAUAUGCAAAUGAGAGAGAAAAAAAAGUUGUUUGCCAAUCAUCCAACCAAGGUUUUAAGUCUGCUGUUUAAAAAAAUAUAUUUUUUUUAGUUCUGGAAUUCUUUAGGGGGUCUUCUUGUUUUUCGAAAAAGAAAAAAAAGUCUUUAUUUUGACCAAUAAGAGCUAAUACUGAACUAUUGUAUCACUUUAUUUUAAAGACAUAUUUGAACUUUAUAGGCUGACGUCGUUACGCCAAAUUUCUUCUCUGGGAAUUUGACCAGCUGGUGCUAAUCAUCGCAAUCGACUUGUGUUUCAACCUUUUUUUUCUUUUCUUUUUUUCUAUGAAACUGUUAAUAUUGUACGAAGAGAGUCUGCAGAGGACUCGUGUAUUUUUCUAGAUGUCCAGUAUUUAUACCCACAUUUUUGUACUGUCGGACCGUUGAGUGACCGUCAUGCUUCGCCUCUCUCCUGAAAUGUCCCCUGGUUCCUUUGUAAAGAGAAAUGGCAACCAGCAGUGUUACUUUGGUAAUUAUUAUUAUUAAUUAUUAUUAUUAUUAUUAUUAUUAUUAUUACUACUACUACUGUGUGCAAUUCUGUCUGUUACACUAGACUUUAAUGCUAUAUAUUUUAUGUAACUAUUUCCUAAAUAAAUAUGAGAAACUAUUUCCUAUUUCAACCUGA